AACCCCCCUAACCCACCUGGAAAUUACGCCCCUGCAUGAAUGCCAGCAACCUCCAGCAAACACUCUGUGGACCACUCUCUGGGUUCUGUGUGAAUCAGCCUUCAGUAGUUGAUUUCACAGCGACCCAUGGUUGCCAGAUUGGUGCUAAAAGGUCUGAGCAGGAAAACAAACAGAGAACAAACUGAGGGGCUGCAGCAAUGGACAAGAUAAGCAAAGCUUGUUUUGAAAUGUGAAUCAUGCUGUUACUUUAUUACACUCCAAGAAUUAGAAAUAGGAAGUUGUUAGUAAAGAAAGUUGGUUGAGGUUAAACAUUUUGCAGAAUUACCCUUUGUGUUUUCUUGCUAAAAGCUAGAUAAAAAAUGCCACAUGCAAAUCUUUGUGUAAUGUAGGUGGAGCCAGACUUUUAGCUGCUAACUGCAAUGAGGUUUCAGAGAUAUUUUGCAGUAUAUAGAUACUAAAAACAUCACUAUGACUUUUGAGAAAAGUAUGUUAGAAAUACUUAAAAUUGAUCAAGUUUGUAUAGACCCAAUGUCGAGUUGAGUUUGUCCUAAUGCUGCUUUGAAUAGUCCAGUUUAUAGUAAUUUGUGUUGUUCUUUGUGGUUUAGGCUUCGAGGUUCUGGGAAAGCAUGCGUUCAUCCAGCAUAGAAACACACAAACUCAAGAGUAACCGCAGACACAGAUAUUCAGUAAGCUCUUACUUAUCCCAGUGGCUCAUGUGGCUGAGUCAUUGACAGAGGAAUGUCCGGGGCAUCACACAGAGCUCCGGUCACCUCUGAGCUACGCUGUCCUUCAUCUCUUCAGCAUGAUCAGCCACAUUCUCAUCAAAGCGCCGCCACUGUGCGUUUCCUGAUCCUAUAGUACGCUUCCUCUCCAUACGGCAACAAUUAGAGGUUCCAGGCAAUGUUUCAAAGAAGAUUAACUUAACAUACCAUAUUCAGCUAAUCUAAAUAGAAAGGAUAAGGAGUCUUUAAAGGGCUGAAAAAUGCCCUGACUGUAUUUUGUUAUAUUUGAAUUCAGAGUCGGUUAAAAGCAAUGUAAUGACUAUACUCUUGGGCAUUUUAAGGUCAGAGUAUUUGAAGAAAAGGAAAUGCAAUCCAAAAUACAUGGAAUGACUUUCAAAUAUUUUAGGAAGACUGUUUUGUCAUGAAGCUGUGUGGUAAUGUUUUUCUUUAAAUCCUGGCGCAUCAACUGAUGAGGUUGGUGAACACACCAUUCUCAUUUUAUUUUAUAUUUUAUGUUAUUUUCAGGUGGCAAAGGAAGAAUCUGUGUCCAAGGCAACAGUGUGGGAGCAAAUGGACCGGCUUGUUCUGAGAGGAGGAAUGGCAGUCGGUCGGCCGAGCUGUGCCAAGGACAAGCCUGCCUCUUCAGGUGGCGAGUUGAUGCUUGGUCCCCAUGCUCAGCCACUUGCGGUGGUGGAGCCCAGACUAGAAUUGUGCGCUGCAUGAAGGGUCCCGAGGGCAGGUCAGAAGAGGUAGAGAGUCCAAAUUGCCUUGGAGCAGGAAGGAAACCCUCUGAUGCAAGGCCGUGCAACCUCCUUCCCUGUGCAAGAUGGGCCACAACCUCCUGGGGGCCGUGUCAUGGCAGGUGUGUGGGUCCCAGUUUGGCCACACAGCACCGCCAUGUCUACUGCCAAGACCCCAAUGGUACCAGAGUCCCCCACAGGAUGUGCACUGGGCUCCACAGGCCAAGCUCUUUGAGGAAUUGCACCGCUGAGGCUUGUGCACUUCAGUGGCUCGUGGGGCCUUGGACACAGUGCACCGCCACGUGCGGACGGCACGGUUUCCAAUCACGCCAGGUGACCUGCGUCCACCUUCGGACCAGCAAGGCCUUCCGAGACCGUCACUGCACGUGGAGGCCUCGGCCUGCCAGCUGGCAGCGAUGUAACAUUUUAUCCUGCGGCAGAGCAGGAGAGUGCCGGGACAGCACGAGGUACUGUGAGAAGGUGCGGCAGCUGGAGCUUUGCCUGCUGCCCCAGUUUAAGAGCCGCUGCUGUUUCUCCUGCCGAAACACCUGAAACGGAGAAGUGAGAACGUUGGUGAAAAAUCUGGAAAGGUCAGGGAAGGUGUCACGGAAGUCAAGGAACCUCUAUGCCUAUCCCAACACCCUCCAAUGUCUUCAACGAUCGCUCCUGGAUUCCCGAGUGCGGAGGAAUGUUUGUUUGUCAUACCCAAAAGUGACUAAAAUCGACUUUUAAGAUACCAUACGUGGGUUUGAAUUCAAAAUUAUUGCUACGAGAGGAAACCACGUCUGUUAAUGAAGGCUUUGGUUUUACUUCUUUAUUUUUAAUUUAAAUCUGAAGUUCGUACAAACAGCUUUUGUGUCCCAAACAGUAGAUAUAUUUCCAGUGUGAGCAGUAGGAACUCUGCGGUUUCAUAAAGGGGAACUAAAGCCUUAAAAGCCGUGAUUACGGUCAUGUCCACAUUAACAAAAUCUGAGCAACGUAAUCUUCAGUUUCAGGUUCCUGAGCAAACGGAAGAUCACUAUCAUGUUCCUCUGAAACACAAUCACUCCACGCCAAAUUAAGUUUAUAUGAUUGCAUUCAAAUUUACGAAGUAAUGCGAUGUUAAUAAUCGGCCUAAAUAGAUGACUGACUUCAUACCAAGGAAUUCUGGGUAAACGCCAAGCUUGUGAUAACCACUGGAUAGCUCUGUGUUUGUCUUUACUGCUAGGAUUUUGAUGCUAAGUGAGCUUUUAUGAACGUAGCAAUGGGUUAAAAAGGGGUAGAAAACUGAAAACCAGCUUGAUGCUGCUUAAGUGAGAACGAUGACAAAAUAAAGCCUAGUAUUAAAUAACUGGGACACAUUUAGUACCAGCCACACUUGGAAAAAAGUUUUCAUAAACAUAAAAUAUUAAUUUUAAGCAAAAUGCAACAAAAAUGCAUAAAAUCAAAGGUUUAUUUAUUCAAAUAAUUAAUCAGUAAGGGAAAUGUGGUCGGUGUAAACUGAAUGUAUACCAUAUAUCAAGUAACUUGAAUUUGACCAGAUUACAUUAAGUUUAUCAUUUUACAUGUACUUAUGUUACAAAAUUACAUGGAAAGUUUACAUUUAAUCAAAUUAAAGCCAACAUUUUGGGCAUGAAUAGAUUUAGCACAUGUUGACCAUAAUAACUGGUCUUUCAAAGCAGCAAGGGAGUCCAAUUGCAGUUUUUAGAGGGUAAGACUCAAUUUUUAUUAUUUUUUUUGCAUGGGUUGCACUAUAGGAGGUGUACGACUGAAGCAAAUAAUGUUUUGGGAAAAAAAGGAUUUUGCACUCAGAACUCAUCCAAGUCUUUGUUAAAAACAUGGCUUGCAGAGUUAAUUUCUUUCUUUUUUUUUUUACGUAGUUUGUAAAGUUGCAUUGUUUCAGUAUUUUUGUUUUGUGAUAUUUCUUGAGAAGAUAUUUGCCAAACGUGUCCCUUUAACCACUCUGUGAAGUUACACACGCUCACACGCAGAUCUGAUAAAGUUCAUCCAGUCCGCCAUGUGUCACAGUGUCAUAUUUACAUGUCUGUGAAUGUAUGAUGGGAAGCUUUGCAGUGAUCAUUACUAAUGUGUCGUGUGGACACAUUAGUAAUGGACUUGGUCUCUGCGUCCUGGGUUCCACAGAGCUUCACUGUCAUCAGGUGCAACCCAGCUUUAGCUGAAGACUACUUGGCCCUACGCUGAGAUGUGGUUAUGUGAUAUCACAAGAGGAAAAUAUUGUAUCACAUGUCAUUUUCUUAAGUUAUGUAGAUAUUUGUCAUUUAAACUAUUUAUUUCCAUGUGUGUCCCUGAGCAAAGUUUCUGUAAAUAUUACAGGGGUGGGUCUCUCCUUGCGGCUGAUGGUAGUUGAUGUGCAUGCGAUGGGGACCCCCUGCUGGUGACUUGAUGUGUUGCUCCCUAUCGUUAAAUAAAACCAAAUACAUUCCUUUUUAUAA